AUGAAGGAGGCAGUGGCAAAUCUACAUCCUUUGUUAGACCACGAAGGUCGCGAACUUCCGGAGCAAAGGGAUGUUGUCCGCUUCAUUCGCGUCAUUGCAAUUAUAAUGGGAAAUCAGGUUAACAUACCACAUCCACCAGAACCACCAGCACGAAACGAACACGUAGGUAAAUGGUUUGGCCGUGAUAUCUGUGAAAUAGAUGAUGAAAAUUUGACACAAUUUGUUGGACAAGAUGGGAGAACCGUUGACCUCAAGGAAAUCCACAAUAGCUUGAGACGAACAGGACCAAAGACUCCAGAAGAAUUUUUCGCAAACUUUAUGACGAUGCUUCUUGUGCAGAAUCAAAUUUCGAAGAAUAGCCAAAGAGAUACAAGCAAGAAGAGAUGGGGAUCACGAAGACUUCUUUAG